AUGGUACGUAUUGUCAUGGAAGAUUUCAGCGCCUGGACCGGCAAGCAUGAGUACUCGCUCUUGUACCACAGCUUCCUCCACAAGAAGCCUCUCGACAGCACCGACGUGAACCAGUUGAAGUGUCCCAACGUCAACCAGGUCACCGUGAUUUCCCGUGGUCUCGACAACGAGCGGAAGAACGGUCCGCCAUCGGGAAUGGCAGAAAAUGACCGUGUCCUCAAACCGGAUGUGGUCAGCCACCAGCGGAGAUUGGUUAAUACUACGACGAUGUUCCGGCGCAGAGGUCUCGAAGCCGAGCGGCGGCGAUCAGGACACGCAGCAGUCCUUACCGCUGCAGCGCUCUAUUGCGACGCCGGUGGCGGGGCCGGCAAGAAGAACAGGAACCGUAUCACGAACGCCGUCACCAGUAGUAUCAUCACCAAAUACGGCAGCGAGAUCUGCUCGUUCGCAUGGCUGCUGAUUCGGUAUCUGUGUCGUGCCGGACUGGUUGAUGGAAGUUGA